AUGACAGCCCAAUCCGCUUUCCGCUUCCUCGACUUCCCCUCAGAGCUCCAGAUAAAAAUCUACGAUGUCAUCAACACGGGCAACUCAGUACCAAUGCCCAUGUUCAAAGGCCUGUCUUGGUCGUGCCGCCAAGUGAAAGACGAGAUGCACUACGAGGGUACCCAGGAAAUGGAAAGCAUGGUGACGGCAACCGCCACUUCUGGAGCUUUGGACCUCGACUUAACACUCUACGACGACUUUGAAGGAGUACACGAGGUUGUAGCUGCUGUCAACAUGCUUUAA